AUGACAUUUGAUAAUGGAGCUUACAGAUUACAAGUCUGCAGAUCAUCAUCAUAUUUUACAGAGACCUACAGCUCUUCCUGUAGUAGCACCUCCUCCUCCUGUAGUAGCACCUCCUCCUCCUGCAGUAGUUCCUCCUCCUCCUGCAGUAGUUCCUCUUCCUGUAGUAGUUCCUCCUCUUCCUGUAGUAGCACCUCUUCCUGUAGUAGCACCUCUUCCUGUAGUAGUUCCUCCGCUUGUAGUAGCUCCUCCUCCUAUAGUAGUUCCUCCUCUUCCUGUAGUAGCUCCUCCUCCUAUAGUAGUUCCUCCUCUUCCUGUAGUAGCUCCUCCUCCUCCUGUAGUAGCUCCUCCUCCUAUAGUAGUUCCUCCUCCUGCAGUAGUUCCUCCUCCUGUAGUAGCACCUCUUCCUGUAGUAGUUCCUCCGCUUGUAGUAGCUCCUCCUCCUAUAGUAGUUCCUCCUCCUCCUGCAGUAGCUCCUCCUCCUAUAGUAGCACCUCCUCCUCCUGCAGUAGUUCCUCCUCCUCCUGCAGUAGUUCCUCUUCCUGUAGUAGUUCCUCCUCUUCCUGUAGUUGCACCUCUUCCUGUAGUAGCACCUCUUCCUGUAGUAGUUCCUCCGCUUGUAGUAGCUCCUCCUCCUAUAGUAGUUCCUCCUCUUCCUGUAGUAGCUCCUCCUCCUCCUGUAUUAGCUCCUCCUCCUAUAGUAGUUCCUCCUCCUGCAGUAGUUCCUCCUCCUGUAGUAGCACCUCUUCCUGUAGUAGUUUCUCCGCUUGUAGUAGCUCCUCCUCCUAUAGUAGUUCCUCCUCCUCCUGCAGUAGCUCCUCCUCCUAUAGUAGUUCCUCAUCCUCCUGCAGUAGUUCCUCCUCCUGUAGUAACUCCUCCUUGCCCGCCCUGAUCUCCUGUUUCAGCUCUCUCUGA